AUGCUCCGGUCGGCCCCAUUCCACCCGCCGGCAUGGGCGCGUGCGCUGCGUCGGCCCCCAGCGCACAAACUGCGCCUCGGCCACUUCCCGACGCCGAUCUUCCCCUUCGCACCCCCGGCACUUCCAGAGGGCGUACGCAUGUUCAUCAAGCGCGACGAUUUCAGUGGGAUGGAGACGUCUGGGAACAAGAUCCGCAAACUCGAGUUCCUCUUGGCCCAAGCGCUGGAGCAGAACGCGGACUGCGUCGUCACGUGCGGCGGCACGCAGAGUAACCACUGCAGAGCUACUGCUGCGGUCGCGAGGCUGCUUGGAAUGGACUCGUUUUUGCUCUUGCGUUCGAACGAGCCGGACAAAGAUCCUCAACUAGUGGGCAACCUGCUGUUUGACCGGUUACUCGACGCCAACCUGAUUCAAAUGUCUCGGCAGGAGUACGGCAAAUAUGGAAGCGAAGCUAUGAUUCAGCAAACUUGCGAUCGCUUGAGGGAAAAAGAUCGCCGGCCGUACGCUAUCCCAGUUGGAGGAAGCAAUGGUCUGGGCACGUGGGGUUACGUCCAAGCCAUCGACGAGAUCAACAACCAACUUGAGGAGCACGACCUGUCGAUUACGGAUAUGGCUUUCGCGUGUGGAAGCGGAGGAACUGCAGCUGGAAUUGGCCUCGGCUCGUACCUCUUUGCUAGAGCUUUCCCGACUGAAGCCCUGAGCUAUGAUAGUAACGUUCCAGUGCACGCGUACAUCGUGUGUGAUAAUGAGGAGUACUUUUACAACCAUAUCGAUUACGAGAUCCUGCCCGCGAUGGGAGCGCCGCCCGAAAUUUCGUCUCGCCAGUUUCUUCAAGUUACGAACGCGCAGGGCAAGGGCUACGCCCGCAGCACCAAGAGCGAGUUAGAGUUUAUUUAUCACGUGAGCCGCGAAACCGGGGUGCUCUUGGAUCCUGUCUACUCAGGCAAAGCACUCUUCCAUCUCAUUAGAGAGCUCAAUGAGGCACCGGAGAGGUUCGUGGGGAAAGACAUUUUGUUCGUACACACAGGGGGCCAAUUCGGCUUAUACGACAAGGUCGAUGCUCUGGAAGAGAUCAUUCGUCAGAACCAAGUGACCCGGUUUGUCAUGGGUUGA